CCGCGCAGCCCGCCGGCACUGGGACACGGUCACGCGUGAGGGGAACGGUAGCGUAGUUGCCCUCCCGCCGGGGGCACAGCAGCUGACGUGCCUUUGCCCACCGGCUCUUAAGACCCGUUGCGUGGGAUCUAGACCUGUGCGCUUAACCAGGCCCAGGCUGUGCAUUCGCACCGCGGAGAGGUCGUCAGUGAGAAGUGCGGAAAUGGCUAAAUUGACCCAGUUAAUUGACAAUGAAGUCUUCCGGGCUUAUGCUACCUAUGCAGUUAUUGUUCUUCUAAAAAUGAUGCUAAUGAGUCUUAUAACAGCAUACUUCAGAAUCACAAGAAAGGCAUUUGUCAACCCGGAAGAUACAGCAGUAUUUGGAAAAGGUGAGAGUGCUAAAAAAAAUCUGCGGACUGAUCCAGAUGUCGAACGUGUACGCAGAGGCCACCUGAAUGACCUUGAAAAUAUUGUCCCGUUUCUUGGCAUUGGACUACUGUAUGCUCUUAGUGGCCCUGAACUGUCCACAGCCUUGCUGCAUUUCAGGAUCUUCGCUGGGGCUAGGAUUGUUCACACUUUUGCAUAUUUGAUCCCUCUUCCCCAGCCCAGCAGAGGUUUGUCUUGGGCAGUUGGCUAUACAGUGACCAUCUUGAUGGCAUACAGAGUGCUGAAGACAGCGUUGUACCUGUAGCAGAGUCGUAGCUUUUGUGUACCAUUUGACAUUCCAUGCAAAGUUUCCAGCAGUGUAUGUUGAUGUCUUGAAUAAGCUAGCAUGAGUUUUCUGUGGUGACUGGAAUUCAUUUUUUAACAGAGGCUUUUCAUUCCUGUUCAGAAAUAUUUCUUUUUGGAGGAAAAAAAAAGUCUUUUCUUCCUGUAUUCCCUAUUCAUGGGCUGCAUUGCCAAAAUAUUAGAUUGAAUGUUCACCUUGCAAUUUGUCAAGUGCUUAUGAUUCUAAACAUGCAAUGAUGCUGUAUUGAUAGCAUGUGUGGUAGUUUUCUACAGAUGCACUAUUUUUGGCUGUAGCUCUGAAGUCUAAAUCAAUAAAGACAAGA